GUGUGUGAAAGUAUUAUUAGUCAAAUGAAUCACCCUAAUGUGAUGGUUACCGUCAACUACACGUGACCGAGUUCGAAUUUGAGAACUGCUUCCAUGGCAUUUCGCGCACUUGGCCACUCCAAAACCACACUCCCCAAGUCAUGCUGCAAUAUCAUAUUCACACACUCUUCCUCCUUUUCUUCGACGUGCCGGCGGAGAAGCAGUUCUCCGCCCCCGCCGCAAUCUCCGCCGUCUCCGAAGAAGGUGCCAUUCACGGUGUCGGUUCACGGUAAGACGUGGCAGGACCCAUAUCACUGGAUGUCCAACGUUGAUGACCCGAAUUUGAUGGAGCAUCUCCACCGCGAAAACGUCUACGCAGAUGGCUUCAUGGCUGACAGUCUCAAACUCCGUUCACUUCUGUCCUCUGAGAUGAAAGCACGGUUACCGCCCACCGUUUCUACUCCCCCUGAACGUUGGGGACCCUGGAUGUAUUACCAGUAUAUUCCAGAGGGAAAGGAAUAUCCUGUACUCUGUAGGAGGCUGGAAAUUGAGAAAACUGGUUGGCUGAAGAAUUUUUUUUUUCAUUAUGGAAUGACAAGAUCAGAAAGGGAGGAGAUUUUACUUGACUGGAAUGAACUUGCAAAGAAAUAUGGGUAUGUCAAUGUUGGAACAUGCAGAGUUUCACCUGACCACAACUACCUUGCAUACACACUUGAUAUUUCUGGUGGGGAACAAUACACACUUCAGGUAAAAGACCUCAGAAGUGGAUUAAUAGACCCAAAAUCAAAAGUUGAUGGUGCUGUUAGUUUGGCAUGGGCUCAAGAUGCAAGCUCUCUGUUUUAUACUCAAUCGGAUGAAAAUCAGCGACCUUACAGAGUUCUCUGCAGAAAACUUGGAUAUGACCAUCUGUAUGAAUUUCCAGUAUUUACUGAAAAUGAUUCCAGUUUUUGUGUGGACAUAACAAGCACGAAAGAUGGGAAAUUCAUAACAGUGAAUUCAAACUCAAGAACUUCAUCCGAGGUUUAUGUUAUAGAUUCCGUCAAUCCAUCAAACGGUUUACAGAAGUUAUGUCGUCGUACUUCUGGUGUACAGUACUUUGUGGAACACCACUCUGGUUUAUUUUAUAUUCUUACCAAUGCUCCUCUUCCUGAAUCCCAGUGGUCUGGUCAAGGUUAUUACCUGGUUAGAUGCCGGGUUGAAGAUAUAGAGUCAACUAAAUUGCAGAAUAUCAUCCUUCCAGACAAUGACAUGGGCAUAUAUGAUAUGGACAUUUUUGAUGGAUAUUUGGUUCUUUUCUUCAAUAAGAAAGGUUUUCCUAUGCUAUGCUCAUUGAACUUUCCUUUGCAAAUUGAUUUGAAGCAUCAAUCAUAUAUUCAAGACCUGAAACCAUGGUACUUUCCUCUGCCAUCAAAUACAUGCAGUGUCAGUCCAGGUUCAAAUCAUGACUUCCUCCGUGUGGUUUACCGUGUGGUUCUUUCAUCACCCGUGAUGCCAGAUUUAGUUGUUGACUAUGACAUGUCGAAACAUACAUACUCUAUUGUGCAUCAAGAGGAAGUGAACUGUGAUUCUGUUGGUUGGUCGUCCAUCCCAACUUUUGAGCUAAAUAGGAGUACAAUUCAAGAGGCAUGUAGUGAUAAGAAAGAAUGUGCCACGAAUUUUAGUUCACAGAGAUGGAAGGACUUUUCUCAAAUAUACUGUUGUCAGAGGGAGGAAGUUAUUUCCCAUGAUGGUGUAAUGGUUCCACUAACCAUUGUGUACUCUAGACAAUCCUGGAAGAAGGGUCAAUCCCCUGGACUCUUAGUAGGCUAUGGAGCGUACGGAGAAGAUCUGGAUAAGAGCUGGUAUUCAGAUCGCCUGAGUUUACUGGACCGUGGUUGGUUAGUGGCAUUUGCUGAUGUAAGAGGUGGUGGUGGUGGAGGUCCUUCAUGGCAUAAAUCUGGGAGUGGAUUAAACAAACAGAAUUCAGUAUUUGAUUUUGUAUCCUGUGGCAACUACUUAGUUAAUAAGGGUUAUGUUCAGAGUGAUCUUCUUUGUGCUAUUGGGUGGAGUGCAGGCGGCCUUCUGGUUGGUGCAGCUGUGAAUAUGUGUCCCCAACUCUUUCGUGCUGUUAUAUUAAAAGUACCAUUUCUUGAUAUAUGCAACACAUUGUUGGAUCCCAGUCUACCACUCACACUUUUGGACUAUGAAGAAUUCGGAAAUCCUCAGCUACUAUCAAAUCUGGAUUCUAUUCUUAGUUAUUCUCCUUAUGACAACAUUCCUCCAAACAGUUGUUUUCCUUCAGUUUUGGUUACGGCAGCAGUUAAUGAUUCAAGGGUUGGAGUUUGGGAAGGUGCUAAAUGGGUUGCUAAAGUACGAGAUGAUACAUGCCCUCGUUGUUCCCUUACUGUCAUCAUGAAAACAAGUAUGGUAGGAGGGCAUUUUGGCGAAGGUGGUCACUAUGCUCAAUGUGACGAAACAGCAUAUGAGUAUGCUUUCCUCAUGAAAGCUCUUGGAAUAUCAAUAGAAUGAGUAUAAUAUUUCUUAGUUAAUCGGUUUGGAGAA